AUGCCCGCGAACCCCCCGCAGUGGGCGGGCAGCAGCAUCCCCUUUAUAGGACACCUGGUGGGAUUGUUACAGCCCGGGAUAGGGUAUUUUGGGAUUUUAGCUGAAAAGCAUCCGUAUCCCAUCUUCUCCUUGGACCUGAUAUUGAGCAAAAUCUAUCUGGCAAUCCAGCGCAACAAUAAGACCAUCACUUUUGAUCCAUUCAUCACCUUCACCGCGGAGCGCAUUGCAGGAAUCCAUGGCUCCUCGCUCAAUUUAUUACGCGAGAAGCGGGCUGGCGGUCAUGGACUGAACCAGGCAGUCGUGCACGCCAUGCACCCGACGCUCACGGGCCGAUCGCUCGAUCGUAUGAAUGAGCGGAUGGCGCGCCGGCUAUGUCCGCUCAUUGAUGAGCUGGCGCAUUGCAAGACCGUGGAUCUCUACGCCUGCACGGAUGCGUCGUAUGGGCCGUUGAACCCUUAUCAGGAUCGAAAGAUUGCAGAUGCGUUUUGGGCCUUUGAAACCCAUCUCAGCCCCGUGCUGGCGAACUUCCUCCCCUGGAUCACAGCGCGCACCGCCUGGAAAGGCCGCGAGACCGCCGUCGCCGCACUGGUAAAGUACUUCGAGCGCCAUGGGCACCAAGGAGGCUCCGAGCUCACGCAAGUCCGAUGGCGGACCAUGCACGAAGCCGGACUGCCCGUGGAGGAUAUCGCGCGGGCAGAGGUUUCCAUGGCGCUGGGGCUGCUCUCCAACACCGCCCCAGCGAGCUUCUGGAUCCUCUACGACCUCUACUCGCGCCCCGCACUGCUGCAGGAGAUCCGACGGGAAAUCCAAGCCCAUGCGCUUCGCGAGAUCCUGCGCACGCGGUCGACCACCGCGCCAACGCGCAUCGCCACGCAGGAUGUCCUCGUCGCAGACAAAUACCUUCUCCAAGCCGGCGCCGUGAUCAACAUGCCCGGGCCGUCUCUCGGUCGCCACAAUGACUCAGAGACGAACAACCCCCGGCGCACGGGGGGGUUUAUGGCGUUCGGGGUCUCGCCGGUCAUCUGUCCCGGGCGUCAUUUUGCCAGUGCGGAGAUUUUGGGAACCGUGGCCAUGGUGGUUUUGCGAUUUGAUUUGGUCCCUGUGGAAGGCGUGUGGCCGGUGCCCAGGACCCAUUCUAUGGCCAUUGCGUCUAUCAUGUGCCCGCUGAAAGACCCGUUCAACAUGAGAGUUUCCCCGCGCCAGGAGUAUGAUGGUGUACGCUGGGAUUGCGAGGUCAGGGAAGGCACUGGAGGGUUUAAUUUGAUGGUUGGAUAG